AUUUAUCAGAGAAUUUAUUAUCUUGGAUGACACAUUUACAAUGUAAUGUAGCUUUAAUUUGGCUUAUUCAAAUGAAUGUUCACAAAACGAAGUAAUAACAUAGUAACUGUGUUUUAUAAUGUGGAUAUCUAUUAAUUUCAUGAUAUUACUACUUAAUUAUUUGACUAAGGCUGAUGUGAAUAUAAGUUAUGUAAUAAGAAAUUAUCAAAAUCCUUAUAAUUUGGAUAGCAGAUUAAGAAAAUGUGAAGCAUUAAAUGUUUUUGGUGAUCACUGUGAUCCAUUUUUUCAUUUUGCUGCUUAUACAACAACUGAAAAAUGGGAAAAACGUUCAACGUUGCGUAAAGAAGCUGGACCAUUUGUAAACUCAAAGUAUAUCGAUCACAUUCUUGACACGUAUGAAAUACAGCCAAUAUUUCCGGAUGCCAUAGAAAUUGAACUUGAUAUUCAUGAUAGUGAUAUAGAUGAAGAUCAACGGAUAGCUCUAUUUAGAAGAACAGUUCCACUUGAAACUAAAGGAAAACAUGAAUUUCGGAUGGGUGUCGAUGUUAAAGUUGAAGCCCAUAUUGAGAUCACUUGUACCAAAGAUUAUUAUGGACAGCGUUGUGAGGUAUAUUGUACACCUCUAUAUGGUUUAUGGGAAUGUGACGAGAAUACCGGUGCUAGAAUAUGCAGUAAACCGUGUUUACAUGGCAAAUGUGUUCUCACAAGUAUCAGUGCAAUAUGUGAAUGUACAUUAAAUUGGCAUGGAGAAUUUUGUCAAACUCCUAUUGAAUCUAAACUUAUAUCAACUAUUUUAGCUCCUGAUAUAAAAACAAUUCAUAUUGCUAAACCAUUACAAAUUAAUCAAUCAAUUAGAAAUCAAACUAGAUAUAUUCAUUUAAAUAAUAAAAUUAAUAAAUUAUCCAUGAUGACAACAACAGCAACACCACCAGCAACAGCAACACCACCACCAGCAGCAGCAACAACAACAACAACAUUUCAAUCUAAUUCCAUAAAUAAAAUAAAACAAAUGGAGACGGGAAAGUAUAAUGGAACAGUUCAAGUUGUUCAAUUAAAAUUUGAUAAUGAACACCUUAAUAUUGAUCAAUUUAAUAAUGAUACUUUGUUUACUUUAACAACAAGAAAUACUCAAAUAAAUUUAGAUCAAUCCAAAGUAUCGGCGAUUGAUAACAAUUCAGAAACAAUGAAACAAUCUGAUGGUAACAUGAAUCAUCUAUCUGGUCAAUUUUCUAAUCAUGAAACACGUAAUUAUAUCAUAUUAGCGUUCAUUAUAAUAGGUUUAUUGAUAUGGCUUAUUAGUGUUCUUAUCAUUGGUUUCGUGUGUUAUCGCCGUCGACACGACCGUAAAGUAUCUGUUCGUAAAAGUGCUUUAUGGACAAAUAUUAAUUAUGAACCAAAUUUAUAUCCAACAAAUUUACCAUCACCAACAGAACCCUUUAUAAAGCAACAAAAUGAUCAUGAAAAUUUACAAAAUAAUAUAAAAUUAAUUACAAAUAAUAAUCAAAUCAAUUAUCCUUCAUUAAAAAAAAUAUCACCAAAAAGUGUUUUAAGAAAUUCAUCAACUUUACCAAAACUUCCAAUCAAUGAACAUCAUCAACGUAGAUCAGUACAUUAUACACGUAAAUCAAAUGAAUUAUCUAAAUUACAUUUUAGUACUAUAUCACAUAUACCAAUAUCUAGUCCAUCAUAUUCAAUAGAUACACAACAAACAAAUUUAUCACCAACUGAUAGUUGUCAACCAAUAUGUGAUACAACAUAUGAAGAAUUAACAUGUUGUAUAAAUGAUCAUUUACAUUGGAAACAUAAUAAUUUAUUAAUAGCGCCUAAAUUAACAACUUUUCAAUGACAAAUAUUUCAUUCAUUCAAUGCUUAUAUAUAUAUAUUCAAUUUAUCAUCAUUCUUACCUUUAUUCAAAAUCUAUGUCAGAUAUAAGAAAUAAGUAGAAGAAAAAUAUAUAUGUAUGUAUUUAUAUUGUAUAGUGACUUUACUUCGUUAAUUGAUCAC